AUGUCCCUUACCUUUACACAAACCAUUUCUAUUGCAACCACCUUCAAGCUAUUCUGUGCAGGAGCUCUGUUGUACUGCACAGGCCAAAUCUUGUCCUUCGAUUCAGAUCCAUCAACAUUGCAGAGUCUGUACCAGGAUCCAACCACUCAAGUGCAGGUUUCACACCUUUUGCUUGCCAGCCAGAGCUCCCAAAAGCAACCUUUGACCCCUGUGCCAGAGACUUCCACCAAGCAGCUCUCUCAGACACUAGCGAGGUCAGAGGCACUAAGGAUCCCUCCAAUUCUGAAGGAGGAUCUUACCAUCCUUGGUCCCCAUCCCCAGCAUCCUCCUCAACAAUUCACCCAGAGAGAGCUGGAUCAAGAGUGGUUUGAGCAGAUCAACUCAUUUAUGGGCCUGAAGGACCCCUCUACCAACCCUUCAUCAUACCCCAAUGACAAACUCCCUCAUCAGAGCCCUACAUGCCACCCACUUCUCCAACCCCCAAAUCUGAAAGAUAGCAAGCAGUCUGGGACUGGAUCAAGGCAAACAAUGACCCUCUCCCCCUUCUGGAGCCAGAAAGACUCAAUGCAGGUGGACCUGCUUAUUCACUCUAUGCCAAUCCCCUUAGCCCAGGCUUGCCUGUUCCAGGAGAGCAACUCUUUGCUGCAGAGAAUCGCAGAAUUACAGACCAGCAUAGUCCACCUUAUGCUCAUCAAGUCCAGACUCAGUAUACAGUCUGCCAGGCUCCUCAAUGAAGUCAAUGCCCAUCUGGAGUCCAGAAGAGAAGCAGCAGCACUUGUGAGACAUGUCAGAGACUGGGAGCAUGAGCAGUGGCACCAUGAGUUCUAUGGGACUGCCGUCCCUAAUGAUGUUCCUGAUUCAGAGUGGGUCACAAAAAGUAACCAUUCUGAGGCCCAAUUCUACCAAAUGAGGUAUGGAGUUGGAGAACCUGAAGAAGUCACCAACACCCAUGGGCAUCCCCUAUAUGAACCCUUCCACAGAAGAAUGCCCAUCCUUGAUGAUGAUGAGGCCCAAAGAUAUGCAGCAGCAUACUCCUGUCCAAAUGCCCCAAAUCCAUAUGCCAAUGAGACUGCCCAUUUCCAUAACAUUCGAGGAGGUAAUGAGGCAGGUCUAUCAGGUUCUCACUAG